AUGCAUUAUAUUGUUAAUAUUGUGAAGGCAAAUGACAGAAAAUUUAUUUUGGCUAAUAGAGAACUGUCUGAAGAUGAAUGGAAGGGUAAAACAAAUAUAGAUGUUGAUUUGGAGAAGAUUAAAGUUAUAUCUUAUAUCAGAACUUCCAAGCAUUAUCCAAUGGUUAUAAGUGUUAAAGCUGUACCAACAAUAUCUUGUGCUAUUUGUAGUUUAAGAAAGAAAACAAAAUUAAAAACAAAUGUACAGAAAUUACACAUGAUCCCGGGUUGUAAUCAUUUUGUUCAUAAAAAAUGUGCAAAUAAAAGAAUUCGGAAAAAUGCUUCACUUCAUUACUAUCGGAAGAAACGUCAGGCUUUGGAAUCUGUUAAGGAAGAUGAAGGGGAAGGUAAAGAAAGUCCUGCCUCUCAAACUAAUGCAGAUAAAAAUGAAGAAGAAGGAAAUCCUCUUCCACCUCCACCUCUUCCAUCAACACCUCCACAUCACCUUCCUUCAUGUUCAUCCUCUUCCUCACUUUCUACCUGUUCUCAUGGAUCUCCAACAACGCAGCUAGAAGUAGCUUCCUCUUCUUCACAUUUACCUCCUCAAGAAACAAAUACAGAUAAUGUAAAUAUAAUAAAGACUAAUUUUGAAGAUAAAUGUCCGGUGAUGGAUUGCAACAAAGUUGUUUUUAUGAAAAAGAAUGCUGCUGGAAAGUAUAAUUUAUAUUAUUAA